CUGAAAUGAACCUCCGAAAAUGACAUAGCAGCCAUCUCUUUUACCUCCUGGAGCAGAAUCCCAACUCUGGAUGCAUCUCGUGAAAUGUUUGACAGGUUUGAAAAAAUCGCAGCACAGUCUCCUUCAAUGAUAAUCAGCAUAUUAAUCUAGGUUCUGGCCAGCCUCACACCUUCAGCGCAAACUAGGAUUUCUGCCUCCUCAACGUCAACACAGUUAGGAAGUCUGCACCAUGCGGCUACAAGGACUUCACCCCUGCAAUUACGGAUGAUACAUCCAGCCGUUGCUUCUUCAGAUUCCGGGUCAAAGCUCGCAUCCGUGUUUAGUUUAGACCACCCUUGAGGCGGUGGGUUCCAGAGUUAAAGUUGUGCAUUGUAUGCAGUUGGAUGUUGUAGUGGUAUUGCUAAGGGAGUACAUAAGUGAACCAUAGCUAGCGAAUAUCCCCCGAUCUAUUGAGACAAUGGUCAUGAACAGCGAGGUGUUCACAUGAGUUUUCUCGGCGAGACGCUACCGCACAAGGUCAGGGGAUCUACUUUGAUGGUUGGCGGUGAUUGUCAAGAUGAUAUCUAAUUUUGGGUUAAAGUGUUUUUUCUUUAUCACUGGUGUCCAAGAAAACGUGCGCCUUCAUAUAGGGAAGCAAGGGUGGAAUCAUAUGGGUCCUCUACACAGGUUGGUGGGGAACAAGGGACAAGGACAAACAAACAAAUGGGAUGCGUCUAGAGAUUUUGAGAUGAUGUCCUUUAUUCUCUAUUGCACUGGCAACAAGAGAAGGGAUGACGAACUGGAUCAGGCUAGCAAUGGCGGAAAAACGGGGUUGGAGCGAGCUCAGGAUAACAGGCUCAUCGGGAAAAUUGAAGACUUGUUGCGCGAGUUGGCAAAUUUACUUAUUUCGUUUCUAGUUUUAUUCUCCUAGUGCCAGUUUUCUAUUUUUGCUUUGGUUUUAUUUCAUUAGUCAAGACAUAAGGAUGCAUUUUACUUUUGUUGUGAAUUGGAGUGAUGUUUUGAGGGGUAAUCCCUUCCCUUUUGGUCAUUGUAGACUUUAACUUGCCCGAGAAGUGAUUAGUGAAUUGUUAUGCUUCUGUUUGCAAUAGCAAUUCUAUGUAUAUCCCGGGCCUCAUGACCGAAGUGAAGGUGUUUAUCUAGUGCAUGUUCUAUGAGUUUUUGAUAUAUCGAUAUAAGCCUUCAUCUUUCCAAAAAAGAAGCUAUUGCCUAACUACUAUCAUUUGUACCGC